GAACGAGUCGGACGUGUGCGCUGCUGGGGAUGCUGGCGCUUUUUUCGCGUUCCGUUUUUUCGAGUAAACAAACACACAAAAAAUAUUGUUAACACAAUUUUGUCUGUUCUAUUGUGCGGAAACCGAGUGAGCGAGAGGGUACACGGAAACCGCAAGCAAAAGCAACAAGCGUGUGGGAAGAGGAAAUCGAAAGGAGAAAUUGUGUGUGUGUGCGUGAAAUAUGGAAAUUGAAAAUGCAAUUAAUCGUGAAUUAAUGGCAAGCCAUAGAAAUCGCUCAAUGGCUUAAAGUGCAAGAGAAAAGUGAGCUUUUUGUUAUUGUUGUCAAUGCGGAAGACAAAAACCGAAAAGUCUGUGGUGGAAAUUUUAAAUACGUGUAUUUAUGUUCGUUUUCGCAACAACAAUAAGCCAUCAAGCGAAGUGCUGAAAUAGUCAAUUUACAAUUGGAGCUGCCGAGAAGUCUACAAACACACAUAUAUAUAAAAUAUAAACAUUUUGGCGUAUUUUCCAGUUGAAAUGGAAGCGGAGAGCUGAAAUAUGUAAGAAUAGGAAUAAAUUGCUGCAAAUUGCUAAAAAUAAAAAUGAGAAAACCAGCGAAAACAGAAACCCAAUAACUCAGACUCAAAGGUGGAAAUAAAAACAAGCGAUUUUGAGGCCCAGUCGAACGUGGAAUCGACUUGACCCACAGCGGUGCACGAGCAGAAAGAGACAGACACACCGCCGUAGAACGAGAGGCAGCGACACACGAUGCGUGUGGCUGGGUGGCUCAGAGGUGGCUUAAUGCUCGCCCUGGCCGUAAUGGUAACGCAGGCACGUUUCAUUGCGAAAAGAGAAACCGCCGGCUUGGAGCAGCCGGUGGCUUCCACUUCCAAUGACCCUGACAUGGUUAAGGCGCCCAGGGAAAGUGGGAGUGCCAGGGAACCGGUUGAAAUGAAGGGAGAAUCUAGCUCACAAACCCAUAUUGGAGAUGAAGGAAGCGCAUCAAUUGUGAAUCAAACUGAAACUCAAACUGCUAGUCUGAAAGAGAAUCUCAAAGUUAAGGAAACGACGGCAGAUGAGACCAGCACCACCAGCGAUAGAAUAAUAGCUGAAGAGCAACUCAAGCUGAAGGAGUCUACAACCACGGAACCUCAGUUGAAGGCAGCUCUAGUGGAUACGGAUACAGAUAUGGUUAAAGAAGAGUCAAGCAUCACAACCACGUCUCAGUUGGAUCAAGACCCAACCAAGGCGACAGCUAAGGAGUCUACCGAAGCUCCUUUAAAAGAAGAAACUCUUUUGAAAGAGGUCUUAAACACAACCACUGAACAUAUUUUGUUAACCGAGAAAGGCCCUCAAAAAGAUGUGGUCUUAACGAAGCCUCCUUUAAGAGAGGCUCAAACUGAGAAGAAGGAUGAGGUCGCAGAAUCUGUGGCAUUCGAUAAUUCCACCUUACCUUUAAAAGCAGUCUCUAUUGAAGUACCAAACACCACAGAGCGAGGGGUCAACACCACAACCACUCGUUCUUCCGAUCAUGGCCGAUCCAUGCAGUAUUCAUCCACCACUGAAGAAUCAAACCGAUCCCCUCCUGCAGUUACACCCAUGAAAUUGAGGCCACUACCCAUGACUUCCACACCAGUCAGCACCACUUCAACGUCGACGCCCUCGCCAACCACGCCAGUUGUGUUCGCCUCCAAUGAGAAUGUCAUCGAGGAGUCCACCUCAAAGUCAGAGGUGCGCCAGUUGCCGGAGAAGCGAGCCAAGUUUAUAAGUGAAAACUCCACGAAUGCCCAGCAACUUACACUGCCCAACACGGCUGAGGUUUGGAGUCUGGCUGCAAUGAAGGCGGUGCCCAAGGCAUCGCUAACUACCACAACGAUCGUGCCACUCCUCAAGCACACUGAUCUGGCGAAUGAUAUAGACAUGCCGCUCAAUAAAUCGGAGCUGCACAAGGAGAAGAAUCUCCUGGACUGGUUGAACAUUGCCAUGUUGCCCUCGACGCCCGAGAAUCGCACUGAAUUUGUGGUCCGAACCACUCUGGAUGCCACCGAGGGCGCCACCCAGGCUACCACCGAAGCUUUGGCAGAGAAAGGCCACCACAAAGGUGACUUUACAGUGGGAUUGGAACAGGAUAAUGUCACAACAGCAAGGACAAUGCCUUCAACACCUGAUCCUGGCUCCAUGGACCUGAAUAUGACGACUACAACGCAACAACUGGAGGUUCCAAUGGUGAAACAGAUGGCCGAUGUUGCCAAUGCCAAGUUAACAGAGGCGAUUACAGAGGCUCAAAGGGAAACAGAAGCGGCAACAGAGGCUGCAACAGAGGCGACAACAGAGGCUGCAACAGAGACUGCAACAUCGGUUACAUUAACCGAGCAACUUGCAACAUCUGCCGUAACAGCGGGGGUUGAUUCAACAAAUGUUACAGCAUCCGCAGCAGAGUCAGGUGAAAUGUCUAAGGCAAAUUCAAUAGAUCAGACGUUAUCAGCGAUGACAAGCACAACUACUACCACUGAAAGGCCAAUAUCUGUGGAGCAUGUAACCGCUGAGCCAGACAUGGAAGUAGCAACAUCACUGGCCACAACAGCUGCAACACCAAGUGGAGUCACGGAGGAAGCAGCAACAUCAACAACAACUGCAGCCACUCUAGUUGUCUCAGAGGCAGCAACAGCAGCAGAUGCAUCAGCAACAUUUAAGGCUACAACAGCUGCAACAUCGAGUGUGGCAGCCAUCCCCAGCACAACCGAAAUGGCCACAAAAGCGACUGAAAUCAGUAACAUCAGCAACAGCAGCAGCAACAGCAACAGCAGCAACAACAGCAACAGCAGUAACAGCAGCAACAACAGCAACAGCAGCAACAACAGCAACAGCAGCCACAGCAGCAACAACAGCAGCAACAGCAACAACAGCAACAGCAGCAACAACAGCGACGGCUAUGACGAUAACAGUAACGACGUCAUCGUUGCCACAACCAAAUUUCCAGAGAGCGAGCGGGCAACAACAACGACAACGACAACGGCAGACGUGGAGCCAACAGCGACGACGACGGUUAGUGUGCGAGUGGCUGGCGAGGUGAGCACUUCGAUUCGGCCAGAAAUCAUCGUUACCAGUAGUACGCGGAGCGGUGCGAUCGCGGGUACAAGUACAGCGGCGACAAGUGUAGCAACACCCACGCAAACGGAAAUUGCGCAAAUUAGCAAUGAAGUGAACUUGGAGGCAGUGACAGUGAAGACGCGCGACUACGGCAAUACGAAUGAGCUAAGAACAGCUGAGAAAACCGAUAACGCGGUCAAUAACAGUGUGGCCAUAACAGAGAGCGACUUCGGCGCAUUGGCAACAGCAACAGCAACAGUGGAAAGAAACCCCACAACAGCCACCAGUCUGCUUAGUGACGUGAGCAAGCUGAGCAAGGAGCACGAGUCCUCGCUGGAGACCAACAACAUCGGCGAGGCGUCUCCCGAAACGACGACGCCAUCAGCAGCAACUGCCACUGUUGCUGUUGCAACGGAUGAGAGCACAGCGGCGGCAGCAACAGGUGGCCAACGGGAAAUCGAGAGGGAGGGUCAACAUCAUGAGGGACAACAGGUGGUUGAUGCGCAGGACACAGAGCAGCAGUUAGCCAAGACAACGAUGGCGGUGACAACGACAACGACAACAACGAGUACUACAACAACUACCAGCAGUACAACAACAAGCACAACGGAGACGCCCUCAACCACGACAACAAUGCAGCCGGUGGAGAUAAGUCUGCUGGACGACAGCACCACCAGCAGCACCACAACGCCAGCCACAACACCUGCACCACCCACGCGGGUAUACUUCGAGUCCUCCACGGUGGCCAGCACCACCAGCAGCAGCAGCACCAGCAGCACCACCAGCAGCAGCACCACCAUGCUGCCGGACACGUCGCCGAGUCAACUGCCACCCACAUACAUGGCCCCGUAUCCCAACGAACUGGACCACAUGCAGACCAAUGCCCAGGGCAAUGGAACGGACGUGAAUGUGAUCAUAGCCAUCACGGUCAGCGUGAUUGGUGUUGUGGCCCUCAUCCUGCUGGUGGCCUUCCUCUACCUGAUGCGCAAGCGCCAGAAGCAGACGUCCUAUGGCCAAAGAUGUCGUCCCGUGAGCUUGGAUGCCUACUCCCUGGACAACGUUUCGGUGCUGGGCAGUGUGCGGCGCAAGGGUCGCGACGUGCGUGCCUCCAAGCGGACCUAUGGCAACGCCGCCUUCGAUGAUCCCUCGCUGCGGCACAACCUCCUGACCGCCAGUGAGUUGGCACGCUUUGCGGAGCGACGCUCCGACGUCUUCGAGGAGUUCCGCGACGUGCCGCAGAUCAUCGCCAGAGCGGACGAAGUGCCUCCUGGUUGUGAGGACAAGAACCGCUACGCCAACGUGAUUCCGCUUCCUGAGACGCGGGUGGUGCUCCAGCGGCAAGGCGACGAUGACAAAACGGAAUACAUUAAUGCCAAUUAUGUGCGGGGCCCCCGAGAUGCGCCCAACUACUACAUAGCCUGCCAGGCGCCGCUGGAGAGCACGACCAGCGAUUUCUGGCGCAUGAUCUGGGAGCAGCAGUCGCGGGUGAUCGUCCAGGCGACGGAUCUCAGUGAGAAUGGCAUUGAGCGGUGCGCCGAGUACCUGCCACCGUCGGCGACUCUGGACAACCACAGCAGCUAUGGCGAUUACCAGGUGACCCUCAAGCAUCGCGAGGUCAAGGAUCGCUAUGCCAUUUCCACCUUGGUACUAAAGCGCGUGGAUGGCGAGGAGAGCCGUGAGCUCACCCACUACUGGUACAAAUGGCCGGAGGCGGGUGUUCCGGCCGAGGAGGCGCCCAUCAUCGCCAUGCUGCUGGAGGCGCGCUCCUCGCUGAAGUCCUACUGCCUGGAGCAGGCCAACGAGCUGCGCGAGAAGUCCGCCACCCUGGAGACGUCAAUGGAUGCGGACGGCAGCAAAGCCGAGGCGGGCAGCACGUCCAGCCACGAGAUUAAUGGCAACAUUUCAAGUCGAAGCGCCACGAGAAGUCAGCAGGGACCGCUAACCGUUCACUGUUCUCCAGGCACGGGACGAACCGGUACCAUUAUAGCGUCGGACAUGGCCAUCCGCAGUCUGGAAACGCCGAAGCGGUCCGUGGACAUCCCCCAACUGGUUUACUACGUGCGACGGGGACGUGCCAGCGCCGUGCAGACCAAGGAGCAGUAUGAAUUUAUCUACAAGGUGGCCAGCAUGUAUGCGGCCAAGAUCACAAAUCUGUCCAACGACAACUGAAGGCCAAGGGGCGGAUGGCUUUGGCGGCAGACCCCAUCGAGUGGAAACCGAAUUUUCGAUUGAGUUCGCCUUUCCAGCACUGAUCCAUGGGACCCCCUGUAAUAAUAGUAGCUAUGUUUUAUACGAAAUAUUAGUGUAAAUUAGUAUUAUUAGUAUGCUUGAAUGUUGGCACCUAUUUAAGCGUCAUUGUAUGUCGGGCUUUAAAUAUCAUUUAAAAUGUAUGUAUUCCUUUAUUAUUGUGAUAUAAUCGUACAUUCGUAUAUCUCCUGAUAAUCUGUUGCAUAUUUAUAAUGUCAAUUUUUGUUUUUUGCACUGUCCCGAGUUCCGGGGCCAUAUAAUCCGGAGCAAAUGAUAAUUAUUUGGAGCUCUCCUUGUUUUAAGAAAGUCAAAUAUGUAAUCAAAACAAUGUGUUUAUCUAUUUUAAACGAGCUUUAAUGUACGUAAGUUAUUUUAAGUCUACAUCGAGCUGUACUGUACUCAUAUUAUUGUAAAUUACAAGAAAAAUAUGUUCAGCAGA